AAAUACUUGGGCAAAAAAUCAGAGCCACUCGUCAUCUGAGAACUGAUAUCACUCAGAGGAGCCAGAAUGAAGGUGCUUUGUGUGAUCACUCUACUUUGUGCGGCUGGCUAUGCCGUAGCCAAGGAUCCUUUGACAGUGCCAAACUGUGGCAAAAGCUUCAUUACUGCAGCACCUGAUCGUAUUGUUGGUGGAACUACUGCUCCCCACGGAAUGUAUCCAUGGAUGGUGUCUUUGUACGAACGAGAUGGUUUCUGGUACCACGCUUGUGGAGCUACCAUACUUAACGAUCAUUGGGUAGUCACUGCUGCUCACUGUAUCGAUUUCCCGAACUAUCCCUCGAGCUACAAAAUCUACGCAGGUCUUCACAAGCAGUCUGAUAAGUACCAUGAUGCUGUGGAAGUUUACGAUAUAUCUGAUGUUUUCAUUCAUGAGCAUUACGACAAAAGAACCAAUUCUAACGACAUAGCCCUUCUUAGAACCAGGGACAAGAUCAAUAUUGCUGGCUCCAAAGGGUAUAUCAACGGAAUCUGUCUGCCUCAGGACAACAGUGAUCCUACUGGUAAAGGACAAAUCUGUGGUUGGGGACACGAGUGGUCAAGCGGCCGUAAUUCGGAUGUCUUGAAGCACGCAACUAUCCCACUUGUAGACCGAAGAACUUGCAACAAUGCCUAUGACUCCAACCCUUAUGACGAUAGAGAUGUAAUCUUGGAGAACAUGAUCUGUGGUGGAUCAGAAAACUUGGACACUUGCCAGAACGAUUCCGGCGGCCCCUUGUCCCAGAGAGACAGCAAGGGCAUCUCCACCCUCGUCGGCAUCACAUCUUUCGGAAGAGGCUGUGGAAUGAAAGGAUACCCCGGAGUCUACACCAAGGUGGCCUACUUCCGAAGCUGGAUGACAAAGACCAUCCAAUCCAGAGACCCCCAAUACCGAUCCUGAAUGCAGACACUCGAAUUGUAUGGGAUGACUAGAGAGUAACAAUAAAAUAUUCCUUCUCCAGAA